AUGAAGCUUAUAUUGAUUGUAGCAAUGGCUUUGGAGGUAUCGAGGGUCGUAAUUUGUACACCCGGUGAUGACCUCAAAAAAAUCGAUAAGAGGAAUAAUCCCUCAAAGAUGUAUCAUUCGCUUGAUAUAACAAGUCAGAUCAGCAGAAAUUUGUUCGUUUUUGAUAAAAAGGAGAUUAACGGAGUAAUAUACAACGACGUCACUGUAAAACCAGGUGUAAUCAUAGAUGAAAUUUACGAUGGAGAUUCAGAAAUUUGGAGAGCUAAAGCUAACAGGCAACUUAUGAAACUCAUGAUAAUUCAGGAAAAGAAAAGUAACACUUACAUAGUCUUAACAAAGGACAAACACGAAAGAUUAGCUGAAACCUACAUUUUGGUGACUAGGGUUCUAUUGUCAUUUGACCCUUUUGUGGAUUUGGAUUAUCCAUUACCAGACUACCAACCAGAUUCCUAUGAAGAAAGAGGUAAAAACCUAAGAACUAGUGAAGCUCAGACCGAACCUCAAGUUAGAAGACCCAUAAAGGAUACCAAGGCUCCAUUUCAGAAUAAAGAAUACAUGAGUGAACUCUUACCGAAUUUUGUAACAAGGGCAAAAUUCAGAGAAAUGGAAGAAGAUGAUAAAGUUAAAGAUAAUUCAGGCACACAGACUUCUGGCCCGAAGUAAUUAAAUCCGACCUAUACUUAAAUUAUUCAAAAUCAAUACAAUGAGACAAAAUCAGUGUAUUAUAAAUAUAAUAAAGUAUUAA